GAGGAUGAAGAUGACGACGAGAGCGACAGCUGCGCGGCGUUCCUGCCGUAACCUCCGCGCGAUGUGAAGAACCACAAGUCGCGACCAGGGCGGCUAUGUGAACCCACAGGAGGCCGCGUCUCCGUGCCACGCCCAGGCCUCUCGGCGCCUGGGCCCGACACCGCAAACACAAGAGAGAGAGAGAGAUAGAUAAAGAGCGAAGCCAGGCGCCCACGCGCCCGGCGCUUGGGCGGCAGGCGCGCUACCACCCAUCAUGAGGCCUCGGAACUUCGAGAACCUCGACAUCAAGGACUUGCGCGUCACUGCGGCGUCGAAGCGCUUGCGCCGCGUAGUGAUCGGCGCAUCGGUGGCCUACAUAUUCAUCUUCACGCCCGUGAUGGCCUACUUCAUCUGGAACUACAUGAUGGCGGCGCCCGAUGUGUCCCGGCCACGGCAAGGCGGGUCGGCCAAGCAGGACAAGAUGUGCUCGAACCGACGCCUGCCGUCGCUACACUUUGCACUGAACAGGGCAGGGCGACAUCGGGGCGGCGUCGCCAACGGGUCCGCGUCGCCGCACGCGAACGACAGUCACUCGGACCUGACUUCCUCCGGUAGACAGCUGGACAGCGUGGCGAGCUUUCUCGGCGAACGAAACUUGAAGGCCAACAGGACGGCAGGCGGGGGCGGCGGUCACCCAACUUCCAACGUCGUUGGACGUCAACAGGCCGCCGGAGUCGAGGUGGAGCAACCGUCAGGUUCUCGGGCGCCUCAAGCUACGCUAAUCCGCGACAAGGAUAACCGCGUCGAUGACUCCCGACCAGAGUCCACCGGGGUUUCGGCAGCUGCAGCAGCAGGUAGUCUUACGCAACAGACGCAACAGCCGCGGGAGCCGGGAAAACAGCCAGAAGCUGGCGGCCAAGCCAAGCCCGAGAGCAUGGGCCGAGGAGAGCAGCCGUCAGCAGCGACCGGGAUUAAUAAUCUGCCCGUGCAAAUCGGACGCCAGGAAAUGGCCGUCGGAGAAGGGCCGGAGGAAAGCUCGGACAACGACGAAGUUCGGGGAGAGCCUGCUUCGAGAACCGGCGGCAAGGGAGGUGGCGGAGCGGUCGGUUCCGGCGCAAGCCAAGAUGGUGGCCGUGAAAGCCAGAUGUCUGACGUCGCCGGCGCAAUGGCUUCGGCGUUGUCCCGGGGGGAUGCAAGUCUUCGACAUUCAGAAAUGGAGCUACACUCUCUCGGGAGCCAAGAGUCGGCCCAAAGAGGGGAAGAGGGGAGACCGACGUUACAGAAGACACCAAUGAUCGGGAAGAACGUGCGAGAAAUGACUUACGUUGGUCACAAGGAGUCCAGCGUGAACGACGCACCUGGAGAAUUUCAUCCGCGCGUCUAUUCGAACCGGCUGGGUAAGGACAAGGUGGACGUCCUCCACGAAGGAGCCGCGCUUAUCGACAGAAAGCCAUUGCAUUACUCGAUUGAUGCGAAGACUCAGGACAGGCGAGGAUACAAGGGCGGACGCGCAUUCUCCUCGGCAAUAGGAAGUAGAACUGCGGAAGAGCUUCGGCGUCUACGCUCCGAAAAGCUAAAGCUCAAGCUCCGGAAGUUUCGUAAUAUGGCCGCACAACCGAAAGGCCCCAACGUUAAGCGAGGCGCCGGUUUAGGCGACGUCAUUAGGAAAGAUGGCCAUGAAAGUGCAAGUCAAGUAGACAUUGCCUUGCAAAAGGAACUGGUACAGAUGACAGAGAGGAAGGGCCGAAAUAGGGGAGCGCCAUUGCGGCCUUCGGAUAAGGGGGCAGCCGCCAACCGCGAACAAAACGGCUCGGCCGCCUUGUCGGCGGAAAACAGCGGCAAGCAGAGGAUGAUCGAGGGAAUACCGUCUAACAACAAGGAGGCCAAUGAAGUGCUGUCCUUUGCCGAGUUCUUCAAGAAGCACCUCUCCCCUAAGCAGCGGCCUUCUAAAGUGCACGACGGUAUCGACGCUCUCCAGGGACGAAGGCUGAUGAUCGACUACAUGACCAACAAGAAGGGCAAGGAUGCCCUCGAUGAAGGCAUUGCCGCGGGCGGUUGGCCGGAAAAGCCCGAGGAACCUCCGCCUACCAAAUAUACCCUGGAUCCAUACCAUCCUUACAUAUCCAGGCGCGGCCUAGGUUGGGACUUCUACAAUCCUCUGAAACCAGCCACGGAAAGGAACAAUGCCAGGGACCUCGCCGAACAAGAGUUUUACUCCCCUGACAAGCCCUCUGCUGAGCUGCGGCGUCGGUUGGCCGGGCGGUUCCUGGCGGCUCCUGCCUCUACAUCCGUCCCCUUCUUCGGGUUCAACGAAUCUUCGCUUCAAGGAUUCUCUGGAGACUCCAGACAGGACAGAGGAAGCGCUGUCUCCGGAAACGAAAGUGCGUCAAGAGGGCUCGACAAGGUUCGACCAGCAGUUUCCGCCGCGAUUCGCCAUGCCUUGUCCGGCCAGAAGACGAACGCUGAAGACAUCGGUCGAGGCUCUCCUGAGAAAAGCGUGUCGCCGAAUCUCGUCGGCCGCUACGAUGUGCCGGAGGGCCCCGUGCCCGCUGUGUUCCGAUAUCCAGAAGAACCGGCUGUUGGCGUCCCCUCGAAUGGAUCGGAGCAAUAUUUGGCGGACGUGUCCGGUGGUCUUGCCAAGGCUGGGUCUGGUUCAUCUACGGAAGCAGGACGCGGCGCUCCCAGCAAAUCCGAAGGCAAUUAUUUCCGAGCUGAUGUCAAAGCGUUUCCCCUCGGAAGCUUAAGUCGCGAUGAGACGCCUCGCAGCAGGGCUUUACCUUCAGACAUCGGUGCUGCUGGCAAUUUUACCGCGCAUGCUUCUGAAGAAAGGGCCGAUCAGAGGCAUGAUUACGGCAAGGCACCUGAUUCCAGUGACGCAUCGCCAAAAUUAGUGAAUCCCAGAGUGGAUCGUGGUAACCUGAGCCCAGAAAGCGAAGCCCCAACGAACAGAAAUGCUAUGAAAGAUGGUAGCGGAAGCCAGAAGCAGGGAAAGAGAGAAGAACCACCACAAUAUGGAGGAAACAACACAAGGGCACACGAUGAUGGAUCGCCUUUGUCAGGCAUCCGAGCUUCUGAGACUUACAAGACAUCGGAGAACAAAGUAGUAAGCCUCAAGUUUGCUGGAGUAACUAGUCGUGCAAAUGCCACAGUUCAGCGGCUCGAUGCGAGUAGCUUUGCUGGAAGCAGGGUUCCUGAACGAGAUUCAGCACCUAUCCAAAACGAGGGCUCGGAGUUUACUCAAAACAACGUAAGAAGAAGCGCUUCAACAGUCAAUGCUGCUAUCCCCAAAUUAAACGCCACUGAAGGGGUCUGGAAGAAUACUAGCAAGGUGCGUCCAGGGUUGAUGAACAUCGAACCCAUUCCAAUUGAACGCCCUGAGUUUAUCGCAGUCGGAGACACCAACGCCACCAACAUAACAACGCGUGGGCCUGAUGACGACUUGGCUGCGUUAGGUACACAUGGUAAGGAAUACGACGACAUGGUUCCGGAAGAGGAGCGCAACAUAUUUCAGUCGGCGCUGAAUCACAGCCGCAACGCGAUCCGCCUAAAAGAAGACACCAUCACUGACAAUUCGUCAGUGCGCCUGUCAACGCCAAGGCACAACGAGGCGCAAAACUUCGAGCCCGAAGUGAUGGAGCUGACACCACCAAGAAUAGGCUUGGCGAGCCCUACAAAACGCGAGCUCACGCGCUCUCACGGCGCGAUGUCAAGUCCCGCGUCGCCUGAGGCUGGGCCUCUCGCCACCCACCUUUCUACCAAUGAAACAGAUGACUUGGAUGACGUUCAUAACCAUGAAGAAAAUUACCUUCGUAUUGAUGCCAGAGCUGUGAAGAAGGUGGACGCGUUCACGGAACCGUCUAACGUCGACAUAAUCAUUCAGAAUAAGGUAGCAACGGGUAGUAAGUCGAGAACCACAGCUGUGGUCUUGAACGAAGUUCCAAAAGUAGGAAUACCGAAAAUUUCUGGUGAUCACGUUCCUUCGGCUGGGCGUGAUACCUCAAAUCACCUUUCUCAGACCAUCGCUCAUUCAGACAAAGGAGUACCGGUGACCGAGGCGAGACCUUCUGUAGUGCACACAAGAGCAAGUACUUCCACUCAACACAGAGAGAAGUUAGGACUCGUUAGUAGCUCGCCAAAUGCAUUCGCGGAAACGAGCCCCCGAGUGACAGCGUUCACCGAAGAAUAGACGACACGCUCAC